AAAAAAAAAUCCGAAAAAGUCUAUUAUUUUCUCAAUUUGCCCAAAAAUAGAAAAUAAUAUUUCAAUAAUACGCAAAAUAUAUAUCUGCACAAAGUAACCUUAUAUCUCCCAACCGCACAAACACAAUUCGUGCUGCUCCAUAUCCACCAAGAAGAUCAUCAAGAAUCAAGAACUAAUCAACAUCGAUCGAUCUGUUAAAAAAAUGGAUAUGAUUCCUCAAUUGAUGGAAGGCUCUUCAGCUUACGGAGGUGUCACAAACCUCAGCAUCAUCACAAACAACUCCUCCUCCGUCACCGGAGCCGCCGCAGCUGAAGCAACGCAACCACCGUCUUCCUCCUCCUCACCCUCGGCUAACUCAAGUCGUUACGAGAACCAGAAGAGGAGAGACUGGAACACGUUCGGACAGUACUUAAGGAACCAUCGGCCACCCCUUUCGCUUUCCCGAUGCAGUGGAGCUCACGUGCUCGAGUUCCUCCGUUACUUGGACCAGUUCGGUAAGACAAAAGUCCACACGGACGUUUGUCACUUCUACGGCCAUCCAAAUCCUCCGGCACCGUGUCCUUGUCCUCUCCGACAAGCUUGGGGAAGUCUCGACGCACUCAUCGGUCGUCUUCGAGCUGCCUUUGAAGAGAACGGAGGUAAGCCUGAGACGAAUCCGUUUGGAGCUCGUGCCGUUAGGCUUUACUUGAGGGAAGUUAGAGAUAUGCAGAGCAAAGCUAGAGGUGUUAGCUACGAGAAGAAGAAGCGUAAGCGUCCUCUUCCUCAGUCGCCUGCUUCGUCUUCCUCCGCCGUAGCUAGCCACCAACAAUUUCAAAUGCUAUCGGGUACUAGUUCUACUACUCAAUUAAAGUUUGAGAAGUAAUUACUUAGAAUAAUAUAUAUAAGAGAAAUGGAGUAUUUUAUGUAAUCUGAAAUGUGAAUUUGUCUCUUUGUUAUAUGUUGAUUUUAAUUUUAGGUUAUGUGUUCAGUUGUAGAAGAACUUAAGGGUUCUUUUGUUACUAGUGUAUGUUGGGGGAAGGAAGGUAGGGUUUUCAGUUUUUAUUUAUAUCUAAUAAAAGAGAAAUUCAAAUGUA